GUACCACUUGACCAGAAUAGCGUAAGGUCAUGUAUAUGUAAUUCAGCCAAACCGGAGAUCAUCCGGGCUUUUUGUAGCGAUGUUGGUCUUGCUGACUAAGACAGUCUAGAUCCGCUCAUGAGCAGAUGCAACAUUCCAUUUUAUUUGGUAGUGACUCCCUAGCAACCACAUAUUUGCGCGACAUCGCGAGACACUCGAGGUCUACAUAACUAGGCCGCCGCCCGCCACAUCCAGAAGAGGCUGCGAGUCCUCAAGGUCCAAGGGCAUAUACUCCCCACCAUGGGUCACCAUAACAUCCACUUUUCAGGCGACCCUCACUCAAACAGCGGAGCCUGGAGUCCGCCGACAAGCAGGGCAAACUUCUGUGAGGAGGACUAUGCCAUCAGCUUUUAUCUGGCCGAGUUCGUCAACGCAUUGACAAAUGUCGCGUAUGUGUACCCCGCUCUGCGGUCCAUGUACGGCCGUGGAAGCCGUGGCGUCUUCGCGCCGAGAUGGGAUUUCAUGUCCGUCUCGCUGCUGGUGCUCGGCAUCGGCUCGUUUCUCUUCCACGCCAGUCUCCGUCUGACGCUGGAGUUCGUCGACGAGCUCUCGAUGGUGCUCCUGACAUGGUCGAUGCUGCAGGCCUUGCUCACGACGCGGCAGCCCCCUUUCCGGGCGCGCUUGAUUUCCGUCGGUCUGGCCGUCGUCCACAUAGCGUUCGCGGCCUUCUACAUCAGGUCCGCGCAGAUCAUUCACCAGGUCUACGCCUUUUGGACGGCCCUCGCAUCGAUCUCCCUGAGGACCACGUAUCUCUUUUACGGCCUUCAGCCUGCGCUGCCGGAGGCCAAGACCGGCGCGUGGAAGGUACGCAUAUGGCAGUCGGUCGGGGUAUGUAUCCUUGGAUAUCUCAUCUGGAAUGUCGAUCUUGAGUACUGUGCCGAGCUCAGGGCGCUCAGGCAGCACAUCCCGCUGCCCUGGGCUUGGAUCCUCGAGCUGCACGGCUGGUGGCACAUCCUGACGGCCAUUGGGGCCAGCAUGUUCAUGCAGGUCGUGAGAGAGGUGCGGGAGGAGGCAGAGCGAGAGAAGAAAACGGAAUGAUUGGCGGCAAUCGGAUGCAUAGAGAUCCUGACCCUUAUAUACUUCAUAGAGAUACACCUCACACAUCUGGGAAUGGCUAACACGGGGCGAUUGAGCGUGGUUUGUUGGAACUCUUGAUUAAGCACGGCCACACUGGCACACAUCCAUAUCGCCCAAUAGAAGCGUGGAACCAUAUAGUGCUAUACCCUUCUCUAUAAGAAGCCAAAUAUCGCAAGUGACA